AUGUCUAAUCGCAAUUUUCGUCAAAUUUACUUCUACGAGUUCAAACUGGGCCGGACUGCCGCUCAAACCGCUCGAAAUAUCAACGAAGUAUGGGGCCAGGGAAGUAUCAACGAAUGCACAGUACAACGUUGGUUCCAAAAGUUUCGUGCCGGCAACACCAGCCUCGAAGACGAACCACAUGGCAGCCGUCCACCAAUACUUGACAACGACUUAUUGAAGGCGACAGUCGAAGCUGAUCCACGCAAAACCACACGAGAUAUUGCCAAGGAGCUCAACGUCGAUAACACUACAGCUGUUCGCCAUUUGAAGCAAAUUGGUAUGACCAAGAAGCUUGACGAGUGGGUUCCACAUAAAUUGACCGAAUGUCAGAAAAAUCGCUGUUUUGAGAUAUCGUCGGCCCAUCUUUUGCGCAAUGAAAACGAUCCAUUUCUCGAACGGAUUGUGACCUGCAAUGAGAAAUGGAUACUUUAUGAUAACAGACGACGAUCUGCCCAGUGGCUGGACCAAAAGGAAACUCCACGACAUCACUCAAAGCCGAAAACUCACCAAAAGAAGAUUAUGGUUACGGUUUGGUGGUCUGCAGCGGGUAUGAUCCACUAUACCUUUCUGAACCCGGGUGAAACAAUUACAGCAGAAAAGUACUGCCAGCAAAUCGACGAAAUACACCAGAAACUGCGAAAUUUAUCCCCGGCAUUGAUAAAUAGAAAAGGAGCAAUCCUACUUCAUGACAACGCUAGUCCUCACGUCUCAUUGAUCACACGGCAAAAGCUGCAUGAGUUGAACUAUGAAACUCUGGAUCAUCCACCAUACUCGCCAGACCUUUCGCCUACUGACUUUCAUUUUUUCAAGCACCUUGAUAGAAACCAAGACGAUGCAGAAAUUGCCUUCGAUGAGUUCAUCGCUUCCAGAACCCCAGACUUUCAUGAUAUUGGCAUUAAGAAGCUCGUUUCUCGUUGGCAAAAGUGCGUUAAUUGUAAUGAAGAUUACUUUGAUUAA